CAAGGAGCUAGCAGCAAUGGAGCCCGGAGCUUCCAGGGAUAGAAUCAGAGCUGAAACAGCAACACGCUCAGCACUGGGCUCUGGAGUCAGCCUGCACACCUAUGACAUCGUGGUGGUGGUCAUCUACUUUGUCUUCGUUCUUGCUGUGGGAAUCUGGUCAUCUAUCCGUGCAAGCCGGAGGACCAUUGGUGGCUACUUCCUGGCUGGGAGAUCUAUGACCUGGUGGCCAAUCGGAGCAUCUCUAAUGUCCAGCAAUGUGGGCAGUGGCUUGUUCAUCGGCCUGGCUGGGACAGGGGCUGCUGGAGGCCUUGCUGUGGGUGGCUUCGAGUGGAAUGCAACCUUCCUGCUCCUGGCCUUGGGAUGGAUCUUUGUUCCUGUGUACAUUGCGGCUGGUGUGGUGACCAUGCCACAGUACCUGAAGAAGCGAUUUGGGGGACAGAGGAUUCAGGUGUACAUGUCAGUCCUGUCUCUCAUCCUCUACAUCUUCACCAAGAUAUCGACUGAUAUCUUCUCUGGAGCCCUUUUCAUCCAGAUGGCCUUGGGCUGGAACCUCUAUCUCUCCACAGUGAUCUUGCUGGUGGUGACAGCGGUCUACACCAUUGCAGGGGGGCUCACAGCUGUGAUCUACACAGAUGCUCUGCAGACCAUUAUCAUGGUUGGGGGAGCCCUGGUCCUCAUGUUUCUGGGCUUUCGGGACGUCGGCUGGUAUCCAGGCCUGCAGCAGCUCUAUAGACAGGCCAUUCCCAAUGUCACAGUUCCCAACACCACCUGUCACCUCCCACGGCCCGAUGCCUUCCACAUGUUUAGAGAUCCAGUGAAUGGAGACAUCCCCUGGCCAGGUCUCAUUUUUGGGCUCACAGUUCUGGCCACCUGGUGUUGGUGCACGGACCAGGUGAUUGUGCAGAGGUCUCUCUCCGCCAAGAGUCUUUCACAUGCCAAAGGAGGCUCAGUGCUGGGGGGCUACCUAAAGAUCCUCCCAAUGUUCUUCAUUGUCAUGCCUGGCAUGAUCAGCAGGGCUUUGUACCCAGAUGAAGUUGCCUGUGUGGACCCUGACAUCUGCCAAAGAGUGUGUGGGACCAGAGUGGGGUGCUCCAACAUUGCCUACCCCAAGCUGGUUAUGGCUCUCAUGCCCGUGGGUCUGCGAGGCUUGAUGAUUGCUGUGAUCAUGGCUGCCCUCAUGAGCUCACUCACCUCCAUCUUCAACAGUAGUAGCACCCUGUUUGCCAUAGACGUGUGGCAGCGCUUCCGCAAGCAGGCAUCAGAGCAAGAGCUGAUGGUGGUAGGCAGGUUGUUCAUAGUCUUCCUGGUAGUUGUCAGCAUUCUCUGGAUCCCCAUCAUCCAGAGCUCCAAUAGCGGACAGCUCUUUGACUACAUGCAAUCUAUCACCAGCUACCUAGCCCCACCCAUCACGGCCCUCUUCCUGCUGGCCAUCUUCUGCAAGAGGGUCACUGAGCCUGGUGCCUUCUGGGGCCUCAUGCUUGGCCUCGUGGUGGGAAUACUGCGUAUGGUCCUGGAGUUCUCAUACUCCACCCCAGCCUGUGGGGAGGAGGACCGCAGGCCGGCUGUUCUGAAGAACUUCCACUACCUGUACUUUGCCCUCCUCCUCUGCGGACUCACUGCUGUCAUCAUUGUCACAAUCAGCUUCUUCACAGAGCCCAUCCCUGAUGAAAAGCUUGCUCGCUUGACCUGGUGGACGAGAAACUGUCCCUUCUUUGACCUGCAGAAGAAAACCUCUGUGAGUGUGAGUGAGACAGAGGGAGACAACAUUCCAGGGCUGGCAGGGAGGCCAGCAGUAGAGGGCCCUGCAGGACAUGGGAAAGAAGCAGCUACCACCCAGGAUCCGGAACAAACUGGAGCCCUACACAGAUCCUGGGUGAAAUGGCUGUGGAACUGGUUCUGCGGACUCUCAGGGGCCUCACAGCAAGCUCGGGGGCCAGCUGAGAAGGUUGUGCUGGAACAGACGCUGACCAGCAUUGAGGAGGAGCCCUUCUGGAGACGCAUCUGCAACAUCAAUGCCAUCAUCCUGCUGGCCAUCAACAUCUUUCUCUGGGGCUAUUUUGCGUGACUGCACAGAUUAGUAUUUAGUUGAAAUGAGUGAGAACCGCUGAACCCUAGUCAGUCCCAGAGACCAGAGGCAGGCUCUCUUUCCAUCAUGCUGUGCUAACUGGAGACCACAGAGGCCGAGAGUAAAAGGGCCCAUGAGGAGUAUCCAGUCCUACACCCUUGGCAAGUGGAGACAUGAAGGACUAGAGAGAUCCCUAGGAUUGCCCAGGAUCACACUGGGCACACACUGGGUCUUCAAUUCCAGCUCUCUUUCUUCUCUGUUGCCCUGUAAUCCUACCUCAAAAACAUCAUUCUCUCAGUUUAUUCAAGAAUCUUCAUUGUUUGUAUAUCUUCAAGUUAGACAGGUAGUAAGAAAAUGAGUAGAGAAUUCUAUAAAAAUUACCCAAGUACAUUGUUUCCAUUCUUUCCCUUUCUGCGUCCUGUCUCCCUCCUUUUCCCUCCUCGACUCCCAGUACUGUGUUUGCAGCAUGAGUCCAGUGAGGAGGGUCUUAUCAUGUCCUUGGUUCCACAUUGUGGCUGCCAAUCCCAUAAGAGUAAAGAACACAGGUAAGAUGAUGGCUUUCAGGGCAAAGCACUCCUAGACCAGGAUUCUCCUUGGCACAACUCUAACUCUGCUUCUGUCCCCACACCCACCCCUGCAGUCUCCACAUCCUCGGAGCUUAGAGCCCAGAUGGAGUGAAAAGAUGUGUUGAAAGCAACAGGAAUCAAACAGCCCUAUGGAGCAGAAAGGAUAGCCUGGGGUGGGCACUCCAGGGUCCUUGUCCCUCUGCCUUCACCUGCCAAGACUCCCUUCUUGUCGUAUAUCUUAGACUGUGACCCUGAGCAGUUUUCCAGGAAGCUUUCCAAAUGCCUCAAACUGGGUCAAGGUCCCACUUGGUCCCCAAAAUGCAUAAGCUGCCUCCUUGUGGCCCUUAUCACACUGUUUUGUAGUGCUGUCUCCCUUCUAGAUGGUGCAUGCUUAGGAGCAGGGAUCAACAGUUAUAUCCAACCUGACUUUGUACUUAUAAGUAGGAGUCAAUAAAUGCUUGAUGGAUUCUUA